UACACAGUAGAGAAUCUGAAUUCCUGUACUGACUGUGGGAAGAGAUUCACAACAUCACAAGCUCUGACAAUUCAUCAGAAAGUGCACACUGGAGAGAAGCCUUACUCCUGCUCUGACUGUGGGAAAAGUUUCUCCAGAUUGGAUAAGUUAAAAAGUCACCAACUAAUACAUAGAGAGAAACCUUACUUCUGCUCUGAGUGUGGCAAAUGCUUCAAAACAUCAACUGAGGUAAAGGUUCAUCAGAGAACACACACAGGAGAGAAACCUUACUUCUGCUCUGCCUGUGGAAAGAGUUUCUCCCGAUUGGAUACCUUAAAAGUACAUGAACGUGUACAUACAGGAGAGAAGCCAUACUCUUGCUCUGACUGUGGAAAAUGCUUCACCACAACAUCUGAUCUAACAGUUCAUCAGAGAACACACACAGGAGAGAAGCCUUACUUCUGCUCUGACUGUGGUAAAUGCUUCAAAACAUCAACUGAGGUAAAAGUUCAUCAGAGAACACACACAGGAGAGAAACCUUACUUCUGCUCUGACUGUGGGAAGAGUUUCUCCCGAUUGGAUACCUUAAAAGUACAUGAACGUGUGCAUACAGGAGAGAAGCCAUACUCUUGCUCUAACUGUGGAAGAUGCUUCACCACAACGUCUGAUGUAACAGUUCAUCAGAGAACACACACGGGAGAGAAACCUUACUUCUGCUCUGACUGUGGUAAAUUCUUCAAAACAUCAACUGAGGUAAAAGUUCACCAGAGAACACACACAGGAGUGAAGCCUUACUUCUGCUCUGACUGUGGAAAGAGAUUCACAACAUCACAAGCUCUGACAAUUCAUCAGAGAGUGCACACUGGAGAGAAGCCUUUCUCCUGCUCUGACUGUGGGAAAAGUUUCUCCAGAUUGGAUAAGUUAAAAAGUCACCAACUAAUACAUAGAGAGAAGCCAUUCUCCUGCUCUGACUGUGGUAAAUGUUUCAAAACAUCAACCGAGGUAAAGGUCCAUCAGAGGACACACACAGGAGUGAAACCUUACUUCUGCUCUGACUGUGGGAAGAGAUUCACAACAUCACAAGCUCUGACAAUUCAUCAGAGAGUGCACACUGGAGAGAAGCCUUUCUCCUGCUCUGACUGUGGGAAAAGUUUCUCCAGAUUGGAUAAAUUAAAAAGUCACCAACUAAUACACAUAGCGAAGCCAUUCUCCUGCUCUGACUGUGGUAAGUGCUUCAAAACAUCAAUUGAGCUAACAGUUCAUCAGAGAACACACACAGAAGAGAAGCCUUACUUCUGCUCUGACAAUGGAACGAGUUUCUCCCAAUUGGAAAAGUUCAAAUGUCCCCAGCGAAUACAUAUAGACAAAGUCUCACUUCUGCUCUGACUGUGGGAAGAGUUUCCCCCGAUUUAGAUACCUUUUAAAAUGUCACCAGCAUAUACAUACAGGAGAGAAGCCUCAUCAGUUCUCUCAGACCAGCUAAGAGUAAAGUCAUUACAUCACUUCAUUCUCAUCUCAUAAAUGAAGUGCUAACAGUGAAUUUGAUAACAUUUAAGAAAGAAUAAAACACUAUUGGGAUCCUAUUGUUUCUCACUGAGAGAACUGUGCAGAGGAAAGGGCGUGUUAUAGAAUGUUAGCUUCUUGUUAUUUUGCUGAUCAGUGAGCACCAUGUCAGUUUUUUGUUGUGUUUUGUUAGCUUUUACUCUAAAGAUAUUGAGAGUUCCUUGGAUUUGCCUUUAAGGUUGAAUAUCCUACGAGGCUUCUUACGUUGAAACAAUGAAGUCUGAUUGUGGACUGUGUGGUACUCUGUGGGAAUAAGUUAAGAAAUGUCAGAUAGAGAUGGUGUGAUGAUCAGUUUUCCGUGGGAAUGAGUUAGUAGACAACAUGUAUCAGAUAGAGAUGAUCAGUUCUCUGUGGGAAUGAGUUAGUAGACAACAUGUAUCAGAUUGUGAUGAUCAGUUUUCUGUGGGAAUGAGUUAGUAGACAACAUGUAUCAGAUUGUGAUGAUCAGUUCUCUGUGGGAAUGAGUUAGACACAACAUGUAUCAGAUAGAGAUGAUGUGGUGGUCAGUUUUCACCAUUUAGUUUUGUUGUUUGUUGUUUUGUUUUACUACUAAGCAACUUUUGUUUAGUGAUAUACAUACUUUGAAACAAUAAACAUGUUCAUUAAAUUGUCUUAAAUAGAUGUAUUAUUUUCGUCAUUGAUGAAUGUAUUUGGAUGUCUGCAUUGAACUUAAUUGAUGUGCGAAUUCUACUUGAAUUUGUGCUGGUCAAACUUUGGGUUAUCUAUACAGACAAUGUAAUGUUUUUGUUUAAUUGAUGUUAUUCAAACUAAUGUAAAUGUCUAUGUAUCUACUGAAUACAUGUCACUACACCCAUACAUGCCAAUUAACUAGUCCCCAGUAUGUUCUACAAUACAUACAAAUCAUGUUUUGCAGUAUAAAGGACAUGUUUUCAUAUUUAAAUAAAAGUUAAAUAAAAUAA